CAUAACCUUCUAAUUUCAUUAUUCGUAGAGUGAAACGGCACUAUCAUAUCAAUAAUUCCUCAUCCUCGUUCAUCUAUCCUGGGACAAAUACUAAAGUUAGUAUUUGUGCCGUUUCAUCAACCCACUUAAGAAUGUCACUCCUCUCGGUGAGCCAGAUUCACUCCGCCCUUUUUGCAUCAUGGAUCCUCUGAUUUUCACACAUAACAUGAAACAAGUGUCUUAUGGGAUGAAAUGAAACUCCGGAUGACCUUGUUCCUUAUGUCCUUUAUGAUGUUCAUCACGCGAGCACGUCCCGCCCUGGGUUAGUUGUCGAGCCACGUAAUGAGCCAGCACAGCCGCCGAAUCGGUACAGCGCAUUCUGUGAGUGGAUAGGUCGAUGGCGUCACUCGAGGGGAGCGCAUGUGAACUUUUUUCGAGUCUUCGAGAAGGCUAUAUCCAGUUCUCACCGGUCGGUUUCUCGUAGUCUCCACUGCCAACUUACAAGUCACCUGAGGAGAGCAUAGAUGAAACUGGACAGGCGGCUGCCUUUUUGGAUCCAAAUAGCAGGAAUUGUGGUUGAAAAGAGAACAAAUUUUUGACGUCUCAGGUUCUUGCGCUUGGUACUAAUAUUACUGGGAAAGCUCCUGGAAUUAGUGCGCGUCAUCAACAAUUCUGACAGAAUCCGCGGUAUGGUGGCCGAGGAAAGCCACAAUUCUCGUGUCCCUUUAAUGUUAUUAUACGCUAAAACCGUCUUGUGGAGGAUGGGGAGGCUGGAUCGAUCGGUCUUUUGGUUGUCAUCGACACGGAACACCCCAGGCAUCAACCCUUCCAAGAUUGGCAGGUCAUGGUUCACACCGCCAGGAAGCGCAUUAACGUAUUUCCUCAGAAACUCUCUUUGCAUCGUAUAAGCUGUGUCACCUCGUAUAGCAAGCAAUGCAUGCCCAGGCUCCGAUGCGUAGGACAGUAAAUCAUGCCUAUAAACAGAGGUUUUGUUAUCAAGACAGAGACAUGAGGAGGGCUAGACAGGGUCUAUAACCUGUUUCAAGGUUACAGAAAGGAUGUCACAAGAUUUGAGGCAGGGUAUCAGAAUUCGAGCCAUAUCUUGCAACAGUUUCAGGAUAAAUAGUGAUAAGGCUGAGAUCAAGAUGAUUUCAAUCCGAUGCAAUCACGUUGAUCUUGCCGUGUUAUUAUUGCACCAUGCGGUAACAUUGGACAAACUGGGCUAGACCAAACGGUCGUCGACAAGGAUAUCUUAUGACUCAGCACCCGAUUGGAAAAAUUAGGGGCUAUCGUGGCAUGUUUCAGCCCACGAAAAGUACUUUCCAAUUAAUUGACAGUUUACGAGGUCGCAGAAGCCUCUUGUUACAUCUGAUCGCCCGUCGAAAAGGGGGUCUCCGGCGCGUGGUGAAUUUUUUACUUUGACGCAUUCCUUAUUAGCACCAACAAACGCCAUCGGUAUGGCUAGUACGCUCUUCUUGGUGUUUCUUGGACUAGGCGUGUUUUUUGUGGCUCUCACCCUCUAUCUUCGGCGCAUCAACAGGUUGCUGAAAGAGACGCCCCAUCAGGUUGGACAACUAAGGGGCAAGCCUUGGACCCCAGAAUUACUGAGACAAACCUACGAAGCCCUCGAAAAAUCUCCAAUAAACUUUGAUGGGCUAUUACCUCCCAAACUUGACAGAAGAUACAUUGUCACGGGAGGUAAUGGACUUGUCGGUGGAUACAUAGUUCUCCAGUUAUUGGCUCGUGGGACGCCGCCUAGGUGCAUCCGAAUUGUCGAUGUCCGAGAGACUGAGCGAGAUGAUCUUCGGCAAGGUCUAGCCGCCCAAGUGGACUUUGUGCAGACAGACAUUACCUCCAAGGCUGCUGUGGGCGAUGCCUUUUCUAAGCCGUGGGAUCCGAAGAUAGCAUCUUUACCACUCACUGUCUUCCAUACAGCUGCUAUCAUCAUACCCGGAGCCAGGUCCAAGUAUCUCUACAAGUUCACCGAAGCCGUCAAUGUACAGGGAACCAAGAAUUUAUUGGCUGCUUCUCGUGCAGUUGGCGCCGAUAUCUUCAGCUCAACAUCGUCAGCUUCGAUAUCCAUCCGACCCGUCGAAGCCUUUGUAGCACCAUGGGCAGAGCCGAAGCACUAUUGGCAGGUCAUAGACACCCAGGACUUCGAUAAGCCAUUGCGAGAACACGAGGGAUACUUUGCCAACUACGCUGUUUCGAAGGCCAUUGCAGAACGUCUUGUAUGUGCCGAAAAUGGACCGUCUUUUCGCACAGGAUGUAUUCGACCUGGGAAUGGUAUCUAUGGUCAUCCCUCGGAUAAUCUCAUCGGCAAUCUUCUGGCUAGAGAUGUAAAUCAAACUUGGAUCCCGCACAUAGUACAGAAUUUCGUUCAUGGCGCUAACGUAGCCGUCGCGCAUCUAUACCAUGAAGCUGCACUAGAAAAAGAAGAUUGCACUCAAGCUGGUAAGCCAUUUGUGGUCACGGAUGAUGGUCCGCCAAUCGCUUUCGGAGACGUUUAUUCCGCCGUGGAAGUCUUAUCUAUGCACCCUUUUCAAAAUGUCAUCGUACCACCAUUAGUCAUCCUUUUAAUGACACACAUUGUCGAAUGGUUCAUCUUACUUCCUCAUCGCCUUCCAUUCCUCAAAGGGGUACUCCCGGAGGUUAAAGGCGAUCUCAGAACACUUCAGCCUGGGCUCAUCACCAUCUGCACUCAUUUGGUAGCAUCUGAUGCUGAGGCUAGGAAGCCUGUCUCCGAAGGCGGGUUGGGUUACAAAGGGCUUCUCACGACACUAAAGGGGGUUGUAUCAGUCAUUGUGGACUGGAACCAUGAUCAUGCAGCUGAACAGACCAGAGAAGGAAAGAAGAUAUAUCAAGGUUCAUUACGACUGGCCGAGAUGUUAGAAGAGGCUGGAUCGUCUACUCCUCUUUAGGGCGACUACUUUCGAUUGAGAGCGAUUUGUAGCAUCAUAACCUAACCUCGUUACAUAUAGCUUCAAGCUCUGUAUAAAGUAAUAAUAGUAUGAAGUGGUAUUUCGCUCGGACUAUAAUGGCUGUACAAUAUGCAGUUGCUAGGUAUUGAGCCAAAAGGUUGGAAAGAGGAAUCAUUUCAUGAUAGGGUCUUGUAUGCCAACAAUGGCAAUGACAAAAUUUACCAAACAAUUACAGGUCUUAUGAGCUUGGUGACACUGGUGGCGGCUUAUCCCAUCACUCAUGAAUACGAAGCUACAAACUUUGCUAAUAUCGCAAGCUAUUAAUAAUGCUGCGCUUGAGGGAUUGGUUCCAGUGCAAGCUCCCUUCCAAUAA